AGGAUGGAUUUGCAGAGCUGGCACGAACAGAUCUCGCAGGAGCUGGAGGCGGCGGUGGCUUUCUGGAUCCGGUAUUCGCACGAUGAAAAAUACGGGGGGUUCUUUACAUGCCUGGGCCAGGAUGGACAAGUUUACGAUGACUUGAAAUACGUCUGGUUACAGGGGCGGCAGGUGUGGAUGUACAGUCGGCUCUAUCGAACACAACCGAAGUUCCACCGCCCUGAAGUCAUAGAAGCAGCUCAAGCAGGUGGGGAGUUCUUGUUACGGCACGCGCGGGUGGCCCCGCCUUCCCAGAAAUGCGCCUUCGUCUUGACCCGCGACGGGCGCCCUGUGAAAAUCCAGCGCACCAUCUUCAGCGAGUGCUUUUACGUGCUCGGGCUGGACGAGCUGGGGCGAGCGACCGGAGAGACCCGUUACCAGAAGGAAGCCCUGAAGAUGAUGGAGGCCAUCGUGCGCUGGGUGCGGGAGGAUCCCUCUGAGCUGGGGCGUCCGCAGCUGACGGGAGCCGCCCCUCACGACUCCAUGGCCGUUCCCAUGAUGCUCCUCAACCUGGUGGACCAGCUCUCGGAAGGGGACGCCACCAUCGCCAGCCGAUUUGCCGAGCUUGGAAACUGGUCGGCUCAGCGGAUUCUCCUGCAUGUGCAGAGAAACGGCACUGCUGUGCUGGAGAACGUUUCGGAAGACGGCAAAGAACUGCCAGGGUGUAUGGGAAGACAGCAGAACCCUGGCCAUGCCAUCGAAGCCGGCUGGUUCCUGCUCCGCCACGCCCAGCGCCGGAGUGACCCGGCCCUUGUCUCCCAGGCGGUGGAGAAGUUCAUGAAGCAGCCGUUCCGUUCGGGCUGGGACCCUGAACACGGGGGUCUGUUUGCGUUUCAAGAUGUCGAUGGGCUGUGCCCAACACAGCUGGAGUGGAGAAUGAAGCUUUGGUGGCCUCACACGGAAGCCAUGAUUGCGUUCCUGAUGGGCUUUGCCGAGACUCGUGACCCAGAGCUGCUGGAAAUGUUUGACCAGGUUGCUAAGUACGCUUUUGACAAGUUCAGGGAUCCAGAGACGGGGGAGUGGUUUGGCUACCUGACCCAGGAAGGUGCAGUGGCACUCUCUAUCAAAGGAGGACCAUUCAAAGGCUGUUUCCAUGUGCCCCGUGCUCUGCAUAUGUGCCAGGAAAUUCUGGAGUCGCUCAUAAGGGAGGCGAAAUCUCCCUGCCAGGAAUGA